GACUACUCUAUCGAGGUCGUCGUCACCAUGUCGGAAUACUGGGUGUCGCGCAAGAAGUGGACGUGCACGUACUGCAAUGUGACCAUCAACGACGAUGUGCCCUCUCGGCAGCACCACGAGAACGGGCUGAGGCACAAGGGAAACGUCGAACGGAGCCUCAAGGAGGCAUACAGAAAGAGCGAGAGAGAGAGAAAGGACGAGCGGGAGGCAAAGAGGGAGAUGGAGCGCAUCGAAAGGCUCGCGCAGGAUAGCAUGGCGAGAGACGCGCCGGCCUCGACUGCGCCGGCGACUUCGGCCUCGCCACCUGCAGAAUCAUCCAGCAAGCAGGCGCAAGCCCCGACACAGCAGAAGUGGAAGCCAAAGGGCCUGUCAGCCUAUGGGUCGGCUGUCGCGCACGACCUGUCGUCCAAGGAGCUCGAGGCCGAACAGCGGCUCCUUGAGCAGGAGGAAGAGAAGCGCAAGCAGGGGACCGCAGGGCAGUGGCAGACGGUCGCCGUAGAACCUAGUGCCAUCGCUGGAUCGAGCAGUGGCUCGGCAACUGCCAGCCACGGAGAAGACGAAGGGGAUCGGGAAAGGGCAAGGCGGUUCAAGGUCAACGAGAAGAAGGCAUACCUGGACGACGAUGGCAGCGAGGAAGAGGAGCCUGAGAUCAAGGUCAAAAAGCGAUCGAGGGUCGAACAGCUUGCAAGUUCGUCGUCGUCGUCGAGCAGGCAAGAAGAGGAAGCUAGAAAGAUGAUGCCGGCAACCUGGACGCCGCUGCAGCUUCAGAGGAGCAAGGAUAUCAAAAAGGAGGGCCUGGAAGCCGUCCCUGUCCCUCCACCGCCCGAGGUCAAGGCGGAGGAUGGCGAUGUGGCGCCCGUGGUCAAUCUUGUGGAAGAUGUCAAGAAAGAGGAGAAGGUGGAGGAUGCUGAAGAGAGAAAGGUGGGCGACGAGACAGCAGGAGUAGGAGCAGGAACAGAAGUAGAGGCAGGAGCAGAGGCAGCAGAGGAGCCUCGCCCGAGUGGUGGGAGCAGCAGCGGAGGGGGCAUGUUCAAGAAGAGAAAGGCAGGCGCAGGCGCAGGUGCCAAGAAGGUUCGUGCAUUUGUAUAGUAAAGAAUUGUCUACAGAAAAUGUCGCAAAGAAUACAGCA